GUGUAGGGGGAAACAAACAAAGUGUAAGAUUCUUCCAGCCGUACAAUAUAAACUCAAGGGACCAAGUUUCCACAUUUAUUUUUCCGACCAUGUGACUGGUCAGUUUUCUUUUCUUCUCUACUUAUCAUUUCACACUCAGUGUUUCUUUUUUCCCCUCACUCUAGUGUUCAUCAACUUCUUGGAACUGUUUAACACUGCGCUCUCCACAAAAAACCCACAGCUGUGAUGAGAUUAACAUUUGUCUGAAAACACAGAUUCAUUAUUUUCCUUUAAUAGUUUUUUAAUGGCUUGGUGAUGUGUCAAGUAUGUAUUUUCUGGAAAAAAAAAGUGUCUGCUAAAUGAAUAGGUGUAAUGAAAUGCAGAAUCCACAAGCAAUAUAAAGUGAUUUUGUUUUAUGUCAUAAAAAGAAGUUGAUCUUAUCAGUUGGAUAUUGUUUAAAUCUGCUAUUCUCACUGGUUUUAUUAGUCUUUUUGGGUGUUAAAUAUUAGAGAUAAAGAUCAAACUAAUAGCAAGAUAGUAUAUAAACUGAAGAACAGACUAUUGUUAAAGUUUUAAAUUAUUACUUGGGUUAAUCCUUAAACAUGCUCAUUACAAGGAAAGAAAGAAAGAAACAAACAAACAAAAGAAGAAAAUGAAACAUACUUUUGGCAGGACCAAAUACUUUUGUUUUUCGAGGGAUAUAGUUUCUGAUUCAGAGCUUACAGGGUGGCGGUAAAACACGUUUAAAAAGAGGAAGUUUUUCUGUCAGACCUGUUUGAAUGCGUUGUUAAAAAAACGACGAGAUUGAGGUCUCUGCACAGUAAAAGUGGGCGUUUCUGACUUUGUGGGUGAUUUCAAACUGCUGGGUGUUUCUAAAUCAUGCACCGACGCUCUUUACCUGACGCCAGCCCUAAAUGUACCCGUCACUACGUCAGCCAAUCAGGUAACACGAUCGAAAAAGCCUCCGUUUUGGCUUCGCCCACCAAUCUGGUAACACCAAUAGUUUUUUGCAGAGACCCAUACUUGCAAAAGACAGACUCAACUCUAACGGAGGGGGACAUAAUCUUGAAUUUUGCAGCAAUAUGAAGAAAGUGUUUUUAAGUUUUGCCUUCGUAUUACUUUUUGACGGUGUGUUUGGGACCAUGGAAAAAGUGUCAGUGAAGGAGGGAGAUUCUCUGACUCUAGACACCGAUGUCACUGAAAUACAGUGAAUAUUUUUGUUGAUGUGGAUGUAUGGAUCUCAAAACACUAUUAUCGCUAAAAUCGAUGGGAAAACUCAGACAGUCUCGUUAUAUGAUGUUGAUGAUGGGAGGUUUGAAGACAGACUGCAGUUGGACAAUAAGACUGGAUCUUUAAUCAUAAGUGACAUCAGAACCAAACACUCUGGAGAUUAUCAUCUAAAGAUCAUCAGCAAUGAGACCUUGCUCAAGACGUUCAGUGUUACCGUCCAUGAUGUGAUUUUUGCAGGAUUGGAAAACAAGAAAGAAGGAGAUUCUGUUACUUUACGCACUGGUGUUACUGAAACACAGAAACAUGAUCUAAUACAGUGGACAUUUGGACCUGUGAAUCCAGACAAUCUUAUAGCUGAAAUGAACAUGAAGAUUCAUAAGAUCACAUUUAGUUCAGAUGAUAUAUACAAAGGGAGAAUACAUCUCGAAAAUCAGACGGGAUCUCUCACCAUCAGAGACGUCAGAACCACAGACGCUGGAGUUUAUCAACUACAGAUCUCCAACAGUAAAGAAACACUAUACAAGAGAUUCAAUGUUUUUGUUGCUAUUCCAGAACCUGGUCUGCCCACUGGUUAUAUUGUGCUGAUUUGUGUCCUGCUGUUUGUGGUUGUAGCUCUGGGGGUGAUAUACUGUAUGUUCAAAUACUGUAAACGGAAAGAAAAGAAGAUGGUGUCAGUGAUGGAGGGAAAUUCCAUCACGCUGAAAACGGGUGCUACUGAAAUCCAGAGAGACAAAGAAGUACGCUGGAUGUUUGGACCUCAAGAUACAGUCAUCGCUCAAAUCCACAAAAAGGCUGGCAACAUCUCAUACGCCGAUGAUGAGCGAUUCAGAGACAAACUGCAGCUGGACCAACAGACUGGAGAUCUGACCAUCAGCGACAUCAGGAUCUCAAUCUCUGGAGAUUAUCAGAUGAAGAUCGGCGGUAGAAGAAUGAAUAACCGUAAGCGAUUCAAAGUUAUUGUUCGAGAGGACACACAGAAAUUCACAGAGGGAGAAUCUGCCCAUCUGCAGACUGGUGUUACUGAACUACAGGAAGAUGAUCUGGUACUGUGGAAAUUUAAGGAUGCCCUCAUAGCCAAACGCAAUAGAGAAAGCAGUGAGAAUAGCAUCUACAAUGUUAAUGAUGAGAGACUCAAAGACAGACUGGAGCUGGAUGAUCGAACUGGAGAUCUCACCAUCACAAACACCAGAAGCACUGACUCUGGAGUUUAUGAACUGCAGAUCCAGGGCAGCAAUAAAGACUUGCACAUUCAACGUUUUAGUUUGCUUAAAUAUGCUGAAACACACAGUUGGAGAUUCUGUUACCUCUACAAACUGAUGUUCCUGAGCUUAAGAACGAUGGUCGGAUAAUGUGGAAGUUUAGCGAUAAAGACAUUUUAAUAGCCGAACUCAGUCAAACCACCAGUCAGACCUAUGAAGGUCCUGAUGGGAGAUUCAGAGACAGGCUUCAGUUAAACCAGCAAACUGGAGAUCUGACCAUCAGGAACAUCAGCAGAGCUCAUUCAGAUGUUUAUACACUUCAAAUCACCAGAGGCAGACACAGUACAUACAAGAGAGUCAUGGUUAUUGCCCACGAGAAGACUGUGUCAGGGAUGGAAGGAGAAUCAAUCACGCUAAACACCGAUAUCAGAAUACAAGAAGAUGACCUUAUACUGUGGAUGUUUGGACCUGAAGACUGUCCAAUUGCUAAAGGUGAAACAAAGGAAAAGGUCUCUACAUAUGAUGGUCCUGAUGGGAGAUUCAGAGACAAAUUGAAUCUGAAUUACGAGUCUGGAUCUCUGACUAUCACAAACACCAGAACUGAACACAGUGGAGUUUAUAAACUACAGAUCAUCUGCAGCCGAGAGACUAAAUAUAAGACAUUCAGAGUUACAAUCCGUAAAAGUGAAAGAAAUACAGACUUUUGGCCUGAGCAGGAUGGGAUCCCCUUAAUACCAAAAUGAAACUCACAACAGAAAUUGUAACUGUGAAUUCAGACAAGUGCAAAUUUUUGUAUGAAUAUACAUACACAUAGGGUUAUAUAUACAUUGGGUGUGUGUCUGUGUUCUGAUAUAUAUUUGGUUUAUGAGGACACACUAUGAGUAAUACUUUUUUGAAAAUCUAGUCUUGUGUGAGGGGUACGUUUAGGUGUACACUG